AUGGAGAGCGUUCACCCGGGCAUAAAACGCAGCCACGAUGACAAAGAACAGAUAAGCGGUAACCACGCAGGGAAAUCUCCUUAUGGAAGGAUAUCUAGUCGUACAACUCACAAUCUUCGCGUACAAAAAGAGGACUUGUUCAUGGUUCUCGCGCUAUUUAUGAAGGAAUCGCCUUGGGCAGAUGGCGAGCCCACAACAGGAGCUGUGUAUGUUCAAGAUAAUGGUCGGCUGUUAUCUGUGGAUUGUACACGCUUAGGAAUCCAUGGAGGUGUCCAAGCAUUAAUUAAAUACCCGGACAAAAUUAAGGGUUGCACAGUCUAUCUUUCUAGUUUUCCUUGUGCAAGUUGCGCUAAGUUCCUGACGCAGUUCGGAGUUAAAAAGGUUUAUUAUUUGCCUCUUACACCAGAGAAAGAGGGAGACCAUAGAAAUACGGAGUUGAUUUUCCGCACGAGUGAUGUUGCCCUCUUUCUUUUCGUUCCAGAAGUAGAUUCGGUGAUUCUGGAUCGCCUAGAAACCGAACGAAGCCAGUACGAUUACAAUAACCAAACAAGACCGAAAAGUGCGGGCGUCGAAAGCAGUGAUCCCACAGAAGUUGCCUGGUUUAGAAACGUUUUCUUUGAUUACUUCGGUAACCCAGAUUCGAGGUCAAGUUGUAGUCAGAUGGAGCGUCUUAACAAAGUGAUGAGAGAUGCCCUGAGUUGCAAGAUGGAAGUGUUUUUGAGAUGGGUGUGGGGUGCUACCAGACAUGACGUCCCGUCAGCAUUGUCGUGGACCGGACUAAAUUCGGCCGGACAAGGUGAAAGACAAGAAGACGCUGGCCACGAAGAGUUCCUUCAUCUGAGUCGAGUCGCGCAGUUGCUGUCCUACGCAUCGGACGACCCACAUGUCGGAGUAGGUUGCGUCAUCACGAAAGACCGAGAACUUGUCGGUUUUGGCUGGAAUCACUUUUUGAACGGUGGAUACGGGACGUUUCCUCAAGCUUCCGACUCGCUCAAUUUCUCUCACGUAUCCAAAGAUCAGCUGAAGUAUCCCUUUGUGGUCCACGCCGAGCAAAAUGCAAUUAUUUCCAGGAACACCAGGGAUAUCAGUGGGCCAGGAACAACCAUGUUCGCGACCAGGAGCCCUUGCGAUGAGUGCAUGCCUCUAUUGCUGGGGGUGGGGGUGAAGAGGUUUGUGCUUCCGCCAGCAAUCCCUUUCAGAAACACACAGUCCGCCCGGGUGCUGGCCGAGGAUGUGUUUUCAGAGAAGUGCAAAGCAGGAGAACUGCAAGUUUACCGAGCAAAGAAAAUUCCAAAUUAG